AUACCGCUUCAUGCCCUAUACCCGCUGGCUUUCGCGACUGAUCUGCCUCCGGAUGCCUAGUCACGCAGACGUGUACUACCAAACUGCAGCAGCCUAGCUAUGAUGGAUGACGUAGCGAUUUGGGACGAGGUAGAAAUGCCGGAUGAAGCCGUCCAAUCUCACUUCACCGCUGUCAAUCCCCCGGGCAUCAUCGAAUUAUCCCCAGAUCAACGCGCGGUUCUUGAAUUGGUGAAGUCGGGGAGGAGUAUCUUCUUCACCGGUUCUGCUGUCUGUACUCUUGCGAGCAAUAUUGAAUACUUUCACGACGAAUAUCAACAUGACAUCUGGGACGAGUAUCUUCCGGCGGAGCCAAACAAGCUGCGACUAGCUGUCACGGCUGCGACGGGAAUUGCCUCUAUCAACAUAGAUGGAUGUACGCUGCAUUCAUGGGCUGGAAUUGGCCUGGGAAAGAGGACGCUAGACAAGGACAGUCACGUCGUCGAUCGAUGGAGAGCGGUCAAGACUCUCAUCGUUGAUGAGAUUUCUAUGAUCGACGGUCUUCUAUUUGACAAGCUUGAAUACAUCGCUCGCUUUACUUUUGUCAGUUGCCCCCGGUGACCGAACGUACUAACGGCGUCUCCCAGCCAUGUGUAUUGCGUUUGAGGCGAAUUCCUGGCCGAUUGUAUCGGGCAACCAGUGUCCUUCGACAAGUAUUCCGGCAAAGAGACCAAGGCAGGCCAACCUUGUGAUCGCCUCCAUAUAGGGCUCUGAC